AUGUCCCAUCCUUUCAAUCGCCCUUACCCAGGCAAAGUCCGAUUUGAAACACCAAUGGAAACCGACGAAUCUGCCUACAGCAGUGAAGCUGGAACACCUCCGGUCAAUGUCAGUGGCCCUCGUUUCAAUUUAGGAAUGUCUCUCCCUGCGACACAGCCACCACUGGCGCUGAGGUUUAACUUUGGCAUGGAUCUCGACAUGCCCGCAGUGCGAUCUGCCACACCUCCCACGCCGAGGUUCAACAUUGGCAUGAACUUGAGCAUUCCUGGCGCCGUACCGCCUUCAUCACCGCCGCCGCCCACCCAGCAACCAUUCAACCUGGGGUUCACCCUUCCUCAGCCCGCACAGCAGCCAGCCCCCAGGCUGUUCAACCUGGGCUUCAAUCUUGCAGUCCCUUCCAAGGCUACGCCACCGCCAACCACAUCUUCCCAGCUAUUCAACUUUGGCUUCAAUCUCCCUCAUGCCACCCCUCUGGCAACAAGCUCUGGACAGGUGCCGGCCCAGGAAGAUACCUUGAGGCAUACCCUGCCUCAGCCCACACAGCAGCCAGCCCCAAAGCUGUUCAACCUGGGCUUCAAUCUUUCGGUCCAGUCAAAGGGUACACUGCCACCGACCACAUCUUCCCAGCCUUUCAACUUUGGCUUCAACCUCCCCCAUGCCACCCCACCGCCAACAAACUCUGAACCGGUGCCGGACCAGGCAGAAACCUUAAGGCAUGUGGGUUAUGACAUCAACAAUAGAUCAUUCCAGUUCAGAUGUGAGCCUCCCUCCCUGAUUGGGGAGUGGCAACCAGAGCUCAUUAAAGUACCGCAACCUACCCCUCCUGUUGCUUCCUCGCCGCCUGCUAUCGCAGAUGUGGGACCAGGACCAUCCAUGCCUCAUGGAUCCUCGCCGCCUGCUAUCGAAGAUGCUGCACCAGGGCCAUCCAUGCCUCGUGCAUUGCCCCUCACUGGCAAGCAUCUGGAACGGCCCACUGUGGGAUCUUUGGUAGGUGAUGCUGAACGUGCGGCAAUCAAUAAUCUGAGGCGCCUUGGAGGAGAAGAAUUUGAUCAUCUGGCACAGAUGAUGGUCGGCGCCGCCUUGGGUCCGGGGGAUGAUGUCCGGGAUCCCAACCCUGAUGAAGUCUUGCAGAGCAAUAAAGUGAUGCUCUUGGCAUUCUUUGAAACCAGAGACCGGCUAACUAGGAUCUUCAAAGAUCUGAUUAGCCUGCAUCACCUUGCAAAGGUGCAUGAACGGGUUCUUCCUGUGAAUCCUUGUUACAUGAAGUUGACUGGGCAGAGGCUGAGUCCGGCGAAGAAUUGUAGUUAA